AGACUUCCCACGCGCCGGCCACACGUGGCGAAUGCACAUGAGGGCGUGCAGUGCACGCCCAUCUAGCGCGGUGGGUCUUCAGAAACAGAAUAUUUUUAAGGUAAGUGUAAUAAAUAAAUAAACAGUGCAAGGAAGAAAGGAAUCGAACUACAGAUUAAAAAGGCGUAAAUUUGCAUGAAGAACUCGAAAACAGAGACUGACCGGUGGCGACGCUUGGCGCGAUUGCGCGGUGGGGUUCAGACAUCUCUCGCCAGUUGUGACCUGUCCUUUUAAUUUCUUCCUUUCUGAGCCUCCCCUUUCCCAACAGAAAAUUAAACAAAAAUGGCACUGAGAUCGACGGCACAACGAUUGCACGUAUUCAAUACAUGUAAAAGAGGAUAGCUUCACGAUCGGCGACAUCCAAUCCAGCGGCUGUGAUUUCGUGCGGGGAUUUUGUCGUGAAUGUGAUUCUGUGUCCAUCUUCACUCAGGGAGCGAUGGAGGUGAAGGGCUGUAGGAAAUUAAGGCUGUGUUCGCGGUGGACGCCGCCGUCGGGGACUUUGGGGUUUAUGGUGCCAUUAGUGGCGGUUCUGGUGGUGGUGGUUUUGGUGGGGUUGAAGACGCCGAACUGGCUGAUUGCCUCCAAUUGGAAUUGGGGUGCUUCUGCAAUUCCUGGCGGCGAAAUGAAUCGCUCGGCGACGAGCUCGCCGCCGGCGGCGGAAGGCGGCGCCUUCAGUUCCGAGAUGAAACAGUCGGUUACCGGCGGCGGAAGACACGAGGUGCACCUGGAUUCUCUCAAUUUUCACGGCGCCGCCUCGCCGCCGCCCGAGAAAAUAGGGGAUUCACCAAACUCAACAAACCCUUCCAACACAUCGUCAUCAUCACUGUUCAAAUUAAGCUCAGAAAUCAACAAAAGAUCGAAUCGAUUAGACAUUACAGAGGCUCAACUCCAGAAAGCACGUGCUGCAAUCCAAGCUGCCAAGAACACCACAGAUGGAGCACACGCCCCUUAUUACAUCCCGACGGGUCCUGUCUAUUUGAAUCCCUCAGCUUUCCACAGGAGCUAUUUGGAAAUGGAGAAGAACUUCAAGGUGUACGUCUAUGAAGAAGGAGAGCACCCGAUUUUCCACAACGGCCCCUGUGGAAGCAUUUAUUCCAUAGAGGGAUAUUUCAUUUAUCAGUUGGAGAUCUCGAAUUUUCGGACAAGAGAUCCAAAGAAGGCACACGUCUUCUUCCUGCCAUUCAGUGUCGCAUCAAUCGUUCACUACAUAUUCGACAGCACUGUCCGGAAGCAUCGAUGGCGGCCAUUGAGAAAGACCGUUAAGGAUUACGUUGAUCUCGUGGCAAGAAAAUAUCCAUUCUGGAAUAUGAGCCUUGGAUAUGAUCAUUUCAUGCUUUCUUGCCACGAUUGGGGGCCUGAGCUUUCGAAGUCUAUUCCAUGGCUGUCUAAGAACUCGAUCCGGGCAUUAUGCAAUGCUAAUACAACAGAAGGAUUUGAGCCCUUUAAGGAUGCGUCAAUCCCCGAGAUUAAUUUGCCCGGCGGCAAUAUAAAGCGGUUGCUCGGUGGUCCAUCACCUUCAACGCGUUCGAUUCUUGCAUUCUUUGCAGGAGGGCUGCACGGUCCGAUUAGGCCAAUUCUUCUAGAACAUUGGGAGAAAAAAGAUCUGGACAUUCAGGUUCAGAGAUAUCUCCCAAAGGAUGUCUCUUAUUACACAAUGUUAAGGAAGAGCAAGUACUGCAUUUGCCCGAGCGGCUAUGAAGUCGCGAGUCCAAGAAUCGUGGAAGCUCUUUACACAGGGUGCGUCCCCGUGAUCAUCAAAGAUCACUACGUGCUUCCUUUCAGCGAUGUUCUGAACUGGAAGUCGUUCGCCGUGGAGAUUCCGGUGGCUGAGAUUCCGAAUCUGAAGAAGAUUCUGACAGGGAUUUCGACACGGCAGUACAUACGGAUGCAGAGGCGGGGCGUUAUUGCAAGACGGCAUUUUGAGGUCAAUCUCCCUCCGAGGAGUUACGACGUCUUCCACAUGAUACUGCAUUCGGUUUGGCUGAGACGCCUUAAUUUUCGGUUGCCUGAUGUUAAGGAUUUUUGA